AUGCCUUCUCUCAUCGACGAACCAGGCUCGCUGCGGUCGCUGCUCCGGCCGGUAACCGACGAGCGCCGGACCAACAAGCACGGCGGCAGCACCGGCGGCGCCGUCGUGGGGCUCUUCAGGAUGUUCAGGCUGGUGCCGAUGCUCACCACCAGCACCGGCUGCAAGAUGGCCGCGCUGCUCGGGCGGCACAGCGGCAGGGCCCUCCUCGCGGACCACGCGCCGGCGGUGACGCUCUUCGGGCACCGCCGCGGCCGGCUGAGCCUGGCCAUCCACGAGGACACGCGGGCGCCGCCGGCGUUCCUCAUCGAGCUGCCCAUGCUGGCGGCCGCGCUGCACCGGGAGAUGGCCACGGGCACCGUGAGGCUGGCGCUGGAGAGCGACACCCGCAGCGCGCGCCGGCGGCUCCUGGAGGAGUACGUGUGGGCCGUCUACUGCAACGGGCGCAAGGCCGGGUACGCCAUCCGCCGCAAGGACCCGUCCGACGACGAGCGGCACGUGCUGCGCCUGCUGCGCGGCGUCUCCAUGGGCGCCGGGGUGCUGCCGCCGCCGCCCGCCGACGGCUCCCACGGCCCCGACGGCGAGCUCACCUACAUGCGCGCCCGCGUCGACCGCGUCGUCGGGUCCAAGGACUCCGAGGCCUUCUACAUGAUCAACCCGGACGACGACGGCCGGGGUGGCGAUGGCGCCGCGGAGCUCAGCAUUUUCCUAGUCAGGAAGAAGUAA